AUGCCAAAAGCUCCAGUGCGAAGGAGAGGUGAAGAAGAACGUCGUACAAUAACACCGGAUAUUAUCUCACCAGCAGAUCAAGAAGCUUUAAUUGAACGAGCCAGAAAAGCAGCGACUCCACCUAAACAGAAUCAAAUACCGACCGAAAAGGAUGUCGAAGUUUUCUCUCAACCAGGCAUUCAUUGGUGUCCAUGGAAUGCAAAUAGUUGUACGAAAACACUUCCAGUCAAAGGUCAAGGAACAGUAGCAGUGAUGGAACUCGAACCAAUGCCAUUUGAACUUUGUCUUUCUUCUAAACCAAAUCCAGACGAUCCAGAAGCUUUUUCCAUUAUUCUGGCUGUUGACACAACUGGAGCUUUUUUGGGUACGAACAAAAAGACCUAUGAUCAAAGUCAUAUACCACAGCACUUAAUUCAACCAAACAAUGGUAAAUGGCACACAUAUUGGCUUAGCUUUUUUAAAGACACUCGCAAAGUUCGAUAUGGCAUAGGCGAGAUUCGUUCAAUGUUCAGUGUUUUUGAAAUUACAAUUGAAGAAGAUAUGGCAUCAGAACUGCGAGAAAUUCGUUAUCUUCAUGUUAAAGUAAACAAAGACGAUCAAAUGCUUCAGAAUCUUGGUGGCACACGUGAUAAAUUCCGAUUUUUCAUUGGUAAUGAUCCUGUUGUUGAUGAACCUGCUUUGGUUGUAGCACCCGAACAGUUGAGUAUCGAAGAUUUAUCACGAAAAAAAUCCAUUGUACCAUCGAAAUUGGAAAAACCUUGUCGAGAAUUGUACGAGAAUGUUCAUCAUUUGAUUUUGAAUGAUUCGAAAUUUCCUGAUUUUACUCGUGCUGUUGAUCGUAGUGUUAAGGAUCCGAACGGUUGGUGUCACAAGAAAUUGGUCGAAAAAGCAAAUCGAUUCGGUCGACCGAAUUUCUAUGCUACUUACUUACGUGUCACAGUUGGCAAUCGUGAUGGUAGUGCACCCGGUCAUAAAUAUGUUGUCGAAAUCUGGCCACCAGGUCAUUACAGUCCAAUUCAUAAUCAUAGCAAUGCUUAUGGAAUUAUCAAAGUACUCUGUGGUCGUCUUCUUGUCAAACUUUAUCCUGAAUUGUCACUCAAUGUUCGACAAUAUUUGCCUAUCGAGACUCUUCUUGAAGAAGGUCAAAUAACAUGGAUGUUGCCCAGACUUAAUCAGACUCAUCAAGUGAGAAAUCCUGAUUUAUAUGGUUCAUGUUCCAUUUCUAUUCAAUGUUAUCAAUAUGGAGAAGAAGACGACGAACAUUACGAAUAUUUCGACUAUCUAAACAAUGAUGGGCAAUCUAUUGGACAGUUCAAUCCAGUGUCGGACAUUGACUUUUCCGAAUUUCGACGAAUCAUGCAAGAGGAGUGGAGCAGAUCAGCGAUUCACUAA